AUGCUCGGUGCUGUCCCAGAGCGCUACUCAUGGACUGGAGGAGAGAUUGGGUUUGACACCUACUUCUCCAUGGCCAGGGGCAAUGCCACUGUCCCUGCUAUGGAGAUGACCAAGUGGUUCGACACCAACUACCAUUUUAUUGUCCCUGAAUUGGGCCCUAACACCAAGUUCUCCUACACUUCUCACAAGGCUGUUAACGAAUACAAGGUGGCUAAGGCGACUAACUCUUAA